CGGGUCCGGCACGACGCGGGGUUGGCGGUGCAACCAGCUACCGUCCGGGUGCGUGUCCCUCCGGGCUUCCAGCUCCUUGCUUCGGGAUGCAGCGGGCGGCGGCGGUGCUGAAACGCGGGGUAACCGGGCUCGGCGGCCCCGGGAAGUCGGCGGCGGCUGUGCGGGGACAGGGAUGCGGGCUGACUGGAACUGGCCAAAGGCAUAUCUUUGCUCGUUCUGCUGUGCUCAGUAAAGAUGAUGAAUCAAAGCAUUUUUCCAUCCCUGCACAGCAGAAAGAUUCAGAAGAAAAGAAGGCUGCUGCAUCAGGGAAGAAUGACUUGUUGAACAUAAUUGGUAGUAUGAAAGUAGAAGUCAGCACAAAGAGAAAGUUCCAGGCCUUGAGAACCCAGCGACUAAAGGAUCAAGCAAAGGUUCAACCAGAAAGCAUGGCGAGUGCAACCAGCAUGUUUCAGAAAGCCACUGAAGACAUCAAGAGUCAAUGCAAGGAGACAUUAAAUCCGGACCUUGUGGCAGCAGCUUCGGCUGUUGCAUCUUCCAUGCCCUACAAUAAGAGACAGAUUGAGUCAGAACUGCUUAAACAGCUCAGGAAGCAUGAGUCGGAAACUGAAGCCCAGAAAAAUGGAGAUGUCACCAACAUUGGUGAUAUUAUUGCGAAGAUGAAGAUUGGGAAGCGUCCUGCUGCACGGGCUGGGUCGAGAUCCACUAAUCAAAUCUGCUUUGAUGAAGAUGGACAAGGAUAUGUUCCUGAUCGAGGUGUCACUAAUGAAUUUAAUGCAAUGAGGAAGAGGAAGGGACUAUAUACUGGGAAGAAGUUAAACAUUUUUCCUAUACACCCUAGUGAAUCAGAAGAUGUGCCAGAAACCGUGCCUUUGCUGUCGCUAUGGGAUACCGAACUGGCCAGUCAAAUAGCAGCUAUUACUGAACAAGUGCCUCGAAAUGGAUUUGAAGAGAUGAUCUGCUGGACAAAGGAAGGAAAACUCAGGCAGUUUCCUGUUGACAAUGAGGCUGGACUAGAAGCAGAGGAGGGUGUGGAAUUCCAUGAACACAUAUUUCUAGAGAAACAUUUGAAUGGAUUCCCUGAGCAAGGACCAAUACGCCAUUUCAUGGAGCUGGUCGUCAAUGGGUUAUCUAAGAAUCCAUACCUAACGGUACAACAGAAAAUCGAACACAUUGAUUGGUUUCGCCAGUAUUUCCAUGAAAAAGAAGACAUUUUGAAAGAGAGUGAAGUAUACAUCAACUGAAAUGAUUUCUUUAGAUUGAAGGUUGGUAUUGUGUAAAACAAAUCUGCACAGCAGAAAUCUUUUACUUUUUUAUGACAUUGUACAGGUAUAAACUUUUGUAUAACUCUGAAUGUGCUGUAAGUUGGUUACCUUAAUUCUGUUCCUUCCGGCUGAGUAUUUCCAUCCAAAAAUGUAUAUAAAAUAAUGACAUAAAAUGUUCACAUUAUAGCCCUGGUGUUGAAAAUAAAUGAAAGAACUUGAAUUUAUAUAGCAUGUUUCACAACCUUAAGACAACCUAGAGUGUUACAGAGCCAGUGAAGUACUUUUGACUGGUUUACACUGUUUUAUGCUGAAAAAUAAAUACAAAUUAACAAUAA